AAAUCGAAUUAUUAUGACUAAUAAAGCAUUCAUAUAUGCAUGAACUGAUGAAGCUCUUGCUAUUUCUUUUCUACCUCAAUGACCCUUGAAGAUGCUGAAGAAGUCAUGUUGAAACUGUACUGCGAGAGUUCAAACCUCAAAGAUGGUCAUACAUUUCUUGAAGAUGCUCUUGCUAUUUUUACAAUUCAUUUACCCACUGGAUACUUCUUCAUGAAGGACAAAAAUGAAGAUGACUGGAUUACAAGAUACUUCUUUACCGGAGGAACUAUGCCUUCGGCAAAUCUACUUCUUUAUUUCCAAGAUGUUACAGUCGUCAACCAUUCGCUAGUAAAUGGGAAACACUACGCACAAACCUGUGAAGAAUGGCUCAAAAGAAUGGAUCCCAGAAUGACUUACAUAAAGCCAAUUAUGGAAUCAAGGUAUAACAAGGAUUCAGCUACCAAGUGGACUGCCUAUUGGAGAACAUAUAUUGAUAAAAUGAGAGAAAGUGUUAAAAAUAUCUAAUUGAUAGAAU